CAGACCUCUCCGCUCGCCUGCAGGCGUCCUCCUCUGCGCCUGUCAUAUGAUCAGCUUCCCGUUUGUUUGUGUUCGUGCAGAAAGCUAACCGCUUCCCACUAUGAAACCUCCGUAUAUGUAUUCAUACUAAACCUGUAAUCCACACCGAUCCCACCUCAAUCACUCAAACAGAGCCUACAGAGUCCACACAGACAGAUCAGAGGGAUUCAAAGCUUUAAAAACGGGGUCAUAAUGUCGAUCGAGUACGAGGAGCAGCUAGCCGGAAGCCUGGUGGACUCUUUCCCGAAAGAUUUCGACUACGGCGUGGAAAACAUGGAUAUGAUGCAAGAAAACCUGGAAAACUCUCCGUCUGCAGACAAUAAACCCAGGAUCCUGCUGAUGGGACUGAGGCGCAGCGGGAAAUCCUCCAUCCAGAAGGUGGUGUUUCAUAAGAUGUCCCCUAACGAGACUCUCUUCCUGGAGAGCACCAACAAGAUCUACAAGGAUGAUAUCUCGGCCAGUUCCUUCGUAAACUUUCACAUAUGGGACUUUCCGGGGCAGGUGGACUUUUUCGACCCUACAUUCGAUUACGAGAUGAUUUUCAGGGGCACCGGUGCGUUGAUUUUCGUCAUCGAUGCUCAGGAUGACUAUGUAGAAGCAUUAGGCCGGCUACAUCUGACGGUGUCGAGGGCAUUCAGGGUGAACCCAGAGAUCAAUUUCGAGGUGUUUAUACACAAGGUGGAUGGUUUAUCAGACGAUCAUAAGAUAGAGACGCAGAGAGAUAUUCAUCAGAGGGCUAAUGAUGAUCUAGCUGACGCCAGUCUGGAAAAGCUUCACCUCAGUUUCUAUCUCACCAGCAUCUAUGAUCACUCCAUAUUUGAGGCCUUCAGUAAGGUGGUCCAGAAACUCAUCCCUCAGCUGCCCACUCUGGAAAACCUCCUCAACAUAUUCAUUUCUAAUUCGGGGAUUGAGAAAGCGUUCCUGUUCGAUGUGGUCAGUAAGAUCUACAUUGCCACGGACAGCUCUCCGGUGGACAUGCAGUCAUACGAGCUCUGCUGUGAUAUGAUCGAUGUCGUCAUUGACGUCUCGUGUAUUUACGGGCUAAAAGACGACAGCAACGGUAACGCUUAUGAUAAAGAGUCUCUGGCCAUCAUAAAGCUGAACAACACCACAGUGCUUUACUUGAAGGAGGUCACCAAAUUCCUGGCUCUGGUCUGCAUCCUGAGAGAGGAGAGCUUUGAGAGAAAAGGUUUGAUAGACUACAACUUCCACUGCUUUCGAAAGGCCAUCCAUGAGGUAUUUGAGGUGAGCAGCUCCACCCAGAGGACAGGAGCAGCGGUGCAGUCCAGCCCCCCCAGCAGCAGCGGUAAUGGCCUGGCCCGACUCAAAUCUGCAGCACUGAACGGUACACCCAGGAGCCUGGUUUAACCCAGGACACAUGGACCUCUAAGAACACAGGGCCUUCACACUAGUGUGCUGGACGUGCGCUAAUGUACAUGUGAGAUUACUGGAGCGUUUCUCUACUUAAAACUGCUGUUCCUGGACCUGAGAGACACAACAGGACACUCAUACAGGACAGACUACAUUGCUGCUUUUUUAUGAUAUUUUGAUGUUUGUGUGUGUGUGUGUGUGUGAGUGUGUGUCUGAGAGAGGGAGAGAGAGAGAGAGUGAGA